GUCAGUCGAAAGAGCCAAGCAAGAGUGAAAAGCGCACAGAGCCGAAGACCCAAUGGGUCAAUCUCAGCGACUUUACGCACUGACUGGACUCUGUCUGAUGCUAAAACUUCUUUUCCUCGUGGACUGAAUUUUAUUGACACACUUUCAGAAAAGACAAGUUUUUUGGAGAGUUACCUUUUUUCCCUGAAAUAACUCGUGAGGACGCAGCGAUGACAGCUGAGUUUAUUUGGCUGGUUCGAAGUUGCUAAGACCCGCAUCCUACUACAUCCAAUCUGAUUUCAGCUUUUGGAAAGAUUUGGAAAGACACAGGAUGAAUUCUGCUUUCAUAGCUGUUUUACUCGGAGUGGUGAGUAUCCUCUUACAUAAUCAAAGUGUGCGUUGAAUGUUUGCCCUAUAGUUAACUGGAAUAAACCCUGGCAGGAGCACCUGCGUUAUUACGCACCCAAAUGGCCAAAUAAGACAGAUAGAAAUUCAAACCUAAGCGUUUCUGAGAAACUUCUUUUUAUCUCCCCCUUUAAGUUUGGAAAUGUUUUUUUUUUUACUGGAUUUUUGCAGAAGUGUUAUAGGUUACACGCUCUCUCCUGCAUCCUGAAAUCAUAAACUUACCUAAAAACAGCUUUUAGUAUCACGAGUUUGAUCUCUUUUAUGUGCUUCUUGUUAAAUCUGAUCCAUAGGUCUAGAAAGUAAGAGUCUGUCCUUGCACCUGUCCUUAGUGUAUGCAUGCAGCCAUUCAGGUCGACACUUUAUAGCUCCAGUUGCUGGAUGGAGUUCCACCCUUCUCAGUUACAUGACAAUAACAAUGUGGCUGCGGUCUCCGAAGAGCUUACCGACUAAUAGAUCAGGAUGAUUUUACUCAUUUUUUUCCCUCCUUAACCAGAAAAUUGACGAAAAUACAAGAGAACUCUGAUUUCCUUGAGCCUGUGCAGAUUGCAGGAAGGAAGUUAAUUUUGUUUUAUCUGUCAGGAUAUGACAGUCAGUCACUGUGCGCCAAGGUCCUGGUUUAGGAACAGGCUGCAUCAUUGAUAUCUGACAGCUGCUCCCACUGAUGGCUAUGCAUCCUCUGCUGGCUCAGCGCAUGCAAUAUUGAUACUGCCUGAACCCCCCCACCCCCCCACCCCCAACACUCACACACACACACACACACACACACACACACACACACACACACACACACACACACACACACACACACACACACACACACACACUGUACCCCUCCUCCUUCCACCUCAUGCUCACAUCACCCUCUCCUACUCUGUCUCCCUCCUUCGUACGAGAUGAUGAUGAUUCAGCUUUGUUUGAAAAGACAUUAGUUGUAAUAUCUUUGUCAUUGUGGUUCCAAAGAUCCAGUGCUUGAUUUAAAUGAGAAGCAGCUUUAUUGUGAAGCUGCUGAUGUGAGACUCUAAUGGCCCUACAAGCACUGACAGCUGAGGCACAGGGGUUAAGUGCCUCUGACUGAAAAUUGACUGCAGCAUUAGCAAGAUUGGUUGUGCUCUUCAGUUAUUCAUCCAGAUGCUUCUCGCACUUGCAUUUGUGUUCGUGUAUGUUGGUCGCUACAGAGUGCAUAAUCAGUUUGCUGUAGCUUCAGGGAGAUCAUCUGAUAAAAGUUGAAGAGUGCAAACUCUCAUUUACAAAACAACAACAGGAGAAAGUCGAGCCACAACUUGCAAAGUGCUGCACAUCAUUUCUCUUAUUACACUAAUCACAUUGUAGAUUAGUUUAGCCGUAAAUGCUCAAUUUUGGAGUCAUUAGUGAUGGAGAUCAGUUUUCAGAGUCUGGUGUUUUUUGUUGUUGCACCUUCACCUCAAACUGGAAGAGAGUCAGAGGAAACAAACAAAACCACAAAGUCUUUCACUGGGACGCUUGGAGUGUUUUCAGAAGUGUCAUUCAAACAUUUCAAAGCAGGUUUGUUCACAUGCGAGGUGAAUGCGUGUCAGUGUACAAGGGGGCAGAGCAGGGUAAGAUAGAGAGAGGAGGUGAGCGUGUGUGGUGACAGAUCUGCUUCAGAUAAAUGCUUGUUGGUGGUAAGGUGUGUGUGUGAAGUAGAGUGAAGAUAGUAAAACUUUUACUAUAGUGACACAUUUUUGAUGACAGUUUUACAAGAAUCACAUGUUGAUACAUGCAGAGAAAAACUGCAUUAGGGGAUUUCUGACUUUAAACCUGGUUUAAAACAGACUAGAAUUAACACUGGUGUCUCGCCAUAACCUGCACGAGCAAAAAAAACCACCAGCAAGAAGCUGGAAACCUUUAAUAUUGCAAACUUUUUUUUAAGUCUGCUGUUAGGGAGCUGGAGUCAGACCAGACAAUUAACUGCACACAAGAAACUCCCGUUUUUACAAUUUCAAAAGCAAAUUUGAGCAAUUAGUGGUACAUGUAAUUGUUCAAAGAAAGAAAGAAAGUGGGAUGAGAUUUCUUGUCAGGACAAAUUACAUGUAAAGCAAAGAGAUACGAGGUGUUUCUUAUUCCAAACAGAAAGUUCCUCGCAAGGUUUUUAAAUCAAAACUCCUGAUUUUGUCAUGUUUUUGUUACAUCUGUGGUUUAAGAUAUGAAAUGAGGUUUGUUUCACCAUCAUGCAAGAGUAAGAGAAUUGUCCUCAUUAGCAGAAAGAUUGAAGUAAAAGCCUCUUAAAAAGGUGAGGAGUAGGGAGUACAUAUUUCUCUUUCAUAAUGUCGAGUAAAAGUAAAAUCAUUCUCUAAAAGUAAAGUUUUAAAUCACCUUUGUUUAGCAAAAGCCUUCCACCUGUCAAAACAGCUAACUUUAAAUUGUUUUCAUAUGCUAAAUGAAAAAUUAUAAGUCAAAUAUUUCACCUCAGUUUCAACAAAACAUUCUAAAACAUACACAACAUGGAUAACUGAAUACCAGAGACUUUAAGGUGAAUGGGCCGUGACACUAUUGAGGGCAGGAAGGAGGCGUGUUAUGUGUUUGUGUGUAUGUGCACGAACACACACACACACACACACACACACACACACACACACACACACACAUUACCUGCCAGCUGACUCAGAGGUGCCUGAGGGGAUGCUUGAUGUUUUUUAGCACUCUGCGCUCUUGUCAGCAGCAUUCCACACACACCUGAACCCUGACGAUUUAUGUCGAACAUACCUCGAAACACACAUCUACACACGUCUACCUUUGGACAAGUGUUUGGUUCAAUAUUUUAGGCCAAAUUUACUCAGUCAACCAAAUGACAGUGUUUAAGUCCAGAGUGAGUCAAGAUUUUUUUGCUCUCUUAGCUCCAAUUUUUUCUGCCAAGAGAGGAGAAAUUCACUCCUGCUAAAAGAAUCAGUCCUCUUGUGGCUGCAGAGGACAAAACACAGACUGCCCCCCACGGCUCAGGGUCAAAGGUCAAUGGCUGCCUUUUAUUCAGGUUUGCUCUGGGGAUCAGUGUAUACACAUGAUGAAAAGGACCCGCUGUGUGAAAGGAAGAUUUAGUAUGAUUUAAUGUAAAAGGCCACACAAAGACAGAGGUGGCCCAUAAACAGACACUCAGAGACACAUCCAGGCUCACACGUUGACACUAGCGUAGGUGGAGGCAUGCACAAACAUCUUCACCUGUCAACAGCUGAGAUAAAACACUCAGCAGGUUACUGUUUGAAGAAUUCGGAGGAUACAUAAUCCAGCUUGACCUGCUGUAAGAUUUGUGUACUUUUGUGACUGUAGCGGCGAUCUGAGACAUGUCUGUUUUUGUCAGAAUGCUUAUAUUUGUCCUAUUUAGUCUUAUGUACAUAAUACAGCUGUGUGCAUGCAAAAUGUGGUGGACAAGAGAAGAGGUUCUCAAAAUCUCUGCCAUCUUUACAUUAUGGGUUCCUCAGCAUGUAUGUGUUGUUUAAGCUCACAAAAGAAUGUGAUCAAAAGCAUUUAAAACUCUGAAAGGACCUGGGAAAAUGUUGUAUUUUUGUAGUUAGACUCUUCAUCUUGUAUUGUUUAAACUCCUGUAUCAGUCCCACAAAUAUUUGGAUUUAUCUUGCAGCUUGUUUCAGAACCUUGACCCCAGGACAGGAAACAAUGAGUCAGCAGAUUCAAAGUGAAUCAACAGCUGUGCAAGACAUUUAAACAAACCAGAUAUUAAAAAAUCCUCAGAUUUGCAGGGUUUGUUUACUCUAAUUUGGCCUUUUUGCAAGAUUCUGGAUAAAGAUAAUAUCUGUCAGGGCUGUGGAGAUAAGCAAUGAAGGAACCAUCAAGUGCACAAUGAUGUAUAUGGCAAUUAAAAAUAAGCAAAUUAAAUUCUUUGUCAACACAAUAAACAGAGCCGUUUUCAUGUGGUCAUGAUGUGUUAUUUAUGCUCUUUACACUGUGUAACUUUAAACCUGCAAGUCUGACUCUGAACGAUCUCUGUGUUGAUUGACAGGUCGGGGUUCUGGCCAAUAAGGAGGAGUGUUAUUCAGGACAGUACACGACCAGUGGAGAGUGCUGCCUGCAGUGCCAGCCGGGCGAGGGAAUGGUCAAACCAUGUGGGGCCACUCAGACCGUCUGCGCCCCCUGCCUGGACAGUGAGUAACAACAAAAACAGAUGUGUGAAUAAACAUGUACUAAUCAGCACGAGUGUGUACUCUAAGAACUGCUACAUUGCCUGAACUGUAAUGAAAUCGGAUCGUGAUUUAGAGAACAACUGACAAAAUAAAGUCAUACUCCUAAAACUGCUGAGAGGAACUUGUUUAAGUAGCAUACACAAACAAAACAGAAAUAGUACAACAAAAAAUCUUUUUGACUGUCAGUGGUGGUGUUGAGUGUUGAAUGUUGUGCAAGCUUAUGUCUUGUUCUUAAAUUAGAGCUUGAUGAAUGAUCUGUUUCCUAUCGAGUAAAAAAAAAUCUGGAAGGGAAGCAGCAUAAUGUGCAUCAAACUCUAUCAAUGUCUUCAUACAUCAGCCUCACAUUAUUGAUCGUGCCAAAUGUAGGAGUGAAAAGAAGAUCUGAGGACAAAGGGUGCUGAUACUGUUACAAUCUGGUGUUAAACAAAAUGCGAAAGGAACCAAAUUCAGAACAAAAAAAGGAUUUACUUAAAAGGAACUAAAAGAAAAGCAACAAAAACUUGCUUUAAAUGUCCAACGGAAAAAUUCCUAAGUGCAAAAAAACACAAGAAGCAAAAUCCAAAGAAACAAAAAUCACAAGGGGCAAAACCACAGGGAGCAACAGGGGACACAAAAAAUACACAUUGACAUAUAUUCACACAAUGAACCAACAAAGAAACAGGGGAAGACAAGGACUAUAUAUACACACAGGGAAACGAGCAACGAGAGGCAGGUGAUUACUAAUUUGACCACAUUAUUGUUGAAAUAAUGAAAAAGUGUAACAGGCACCUGAUAAUAAUGCCUUGAAAACAAACAAUAAGCUCAUUUUAGUUUGUUAAAGCUAAGAGUGAGAAAAGUAAGCAAGUAAGCAAGUAAACAAGAUGCCAAAUGUAACUGUGCGCCAGUAGAACUGCUCUCCUUGUGGCCCUUACCAUGUAGGGGAAGGAGCUCUGUUCAGCUGUGAGACUUUAUGUGGACAGCGAUGUUAAGAGGAUAUAUAAGUGGGAGCUCUUCCAAGGUUUGUUGCAAGAAAAAUGCAGUGGAAGAUUUUCAGGAUGGUCAAAAAAGAUUAUUUGGUACAUUUAAAACAGGCGGUAUGAAAUUAACAGAGUGAACAAAGCUGCUAUCAGAGGAGCUUGAAAAGGAUAUUGAAGGUUUUCUCAGGAGGUGUAUUUGUGUUUAGGUCUGGCAGAAAUAAAGGAAGAUUUAAGGGUUUUCAUAACUCUAUCAAGUGAGGUCAAAGGUCAGCUCAAGUCUGCAGAGGCUAGAGUUGGUCCAUAUCCAGUUGCUGAGUUGUUCCCAGAGUUCCCCCCUCACGCAAAUUCCCUGACUAUUCAGGGUCCAGGCAAGGAAGUGGCUGUAAACCUUCUUUUGGGUCAGUGAAAGAUGGAAAACCAUUAGCCAAGGACCCCCCCAGUUAGGAGAAGAUUCAGACUUCAGGUCAUGAGAGAAGUCACAGAGACUGUGAGUGUGUAAAAGGGAUUUAUUUGAAUUUUUGUGGCUUUCUUCAGGAUGAUGUAUGUUUUUAUAAGUGUUUCUCAGAACAAGAGUUACAUUUUGAAAAUAAACUGCGCCUCUACACAAGCCCUCUCUUGCUUAUCAUGAAUUAUCUAUUGGAUUAUUUGAAUAAAACUCCUGAUUUUUUGCUCAAAUUAUCUGAUUUAUUGAUAUGAACUGUGUCUGUGAGGUUGUUUCUUUCUCUUGCACAAUAUGUGGGUUUUCUGAGAGAUAAAUUUCAGUCUUAAGUGCUUGUUCUGUUAAGACAUGAACAAACACAGACAUAGGCAGGAUCUCAAAGCUUUCAUGAGGCCAGACAUGUUUUGCACUAGCUCAUGGAAAAACAGAAAUGCAAAGCAGAGAGCUCUCUAUCAGAUAACAUCAUGGUGAUAUUUUAAAAGCACAUCAAACAUAUUGAUUAUAUCGCUAAUGCAGCCUGAUGGAGCUGGCAGUGCAUGUGCAGGACAGUUUUACAACAACAAGUCUUGACCAUUCGUAAAUAUACAGCCUUUACCUGUGAAGGUAGGUGGCUAAUGCGUACUUAAGCUGUUGCUACUUAUGCUAUACAUCUGUCAAGAAAGCUAGAUUUGGGGAAUAGAAGCAGACUUAAAAUGUAUAUAAUAAUAUAAUAGGUCAGAUCUUUUUGACACUGUCCCUUACAACAAGAUGUCAUGUAAAAGGCCCUCAUAUUUGUUGGUUUCUACUUUUAAUACAACUUAUAUUAAAAUAUUCAGAGUCUCUGAAGCACCUUUUUCUAAUUACAACAGAACCCAUUUUCUUGAAAUGAAGAGCCUGCUUUUUGAAAUCAUCUGAUUGAGAUUGCAGAUUGCAGAUCUGUUGUUUUAAGAGUACAAACUGAUGUUUUAUUGGCAAACAUGGUGACCAAAUGUUGUAAAUAUGCCACAUUAUCAUUUGGGCUUUGUUUCAGAAGCAGCAGAAGAUCAGGCCUCAAUGAACAGCCCUUAAGUGCUAAGGCUUCAUUAUUUCAUGAAUUAAAAAUAUUAAAAUGCUUUUUGGGCUACCUAAUAGGAUUUUUGAGUCCAAGCUUAGUGGUUAUCAAAACACAGAAGAGAUAAGUAACUCAGAUCACAUCUCAAACAAUUUUUCUUGCCAAAUUUCUCUCAACAACAACACUCAACCACCAGUUUUCCUUGCAGGUGUUGUUUUAGGCAAAGCGCCCACCGUUGUUUCUGUCCAUGUGCACAAAUAUUCAUUAAAAGAGGUGGGCUGGGGUUUCCAACCAGCUUUCAGGCUUCAUUUAGUGAGGACCAGGGCCUUGGACUGAUACGCUAAAGUGGACAGUUAGCUUGCACACACAGGGGUGAGUUUGGAUGAAUGAACAGAUAAGUGGAGAUGAAACAGAGCAUGUACAGCUGUACUGCUGGCACUGAGACAAGGACAACUUCUCGGCCAGCACACACUCACUCACACAGGCACAUAGAAGCAAAAAAGAAAAAAAACUCCUACACAUGCACUAAACACACACACACACACACACACACACACACACACACACACACACAUCUCAUGCAGUCUGGAUAGAGUCCUUUUAAGGGCGCUGAACAGAGAGCAAAAGGUUGUCAGAGCAGGAGCAAACCUACUGUUAUGAUAUGAUAUGCUGAGCCUGGAAAAGGCCGCCUGUGAAUAACCCCCCCCAUUCUCCACCACAGCUCCCAUCAACCCCCCCCCCACAGACACACACACACACACUCCUCCCACAAGCUGCAGCCUCGCGUUAUUAAUGUAUUGACUUGCAUUAUUGAUGCAUGGCAUUAUGAUAAUGGCUCUGAGAGCACACAUAGGGAGGGAGGUUGAGGGUAGCCUGAGUGUGUGUAUCUGUUGGAGAGAGGGAGAUAAUGGGGUGGGGGGUCUGGAGGGUGGGGGUGACACUGUAUGACUAGACACCACUAGGGAUUGAGGGGAUUCUGGUUUGUCCACUUCCUAUAAGGGCAUAAUUAAACAAAAAUGUGAAGGAGGGAAAUCUGACACCACCGAUUGAGGAGGGAAUCACACAAAUGGAUUCAUCUCAAAUGACACAGUGUCUGCUUUCUUCUCAUCUCUCCGUCUCAGCGUCUAUCUCUCCUCAUCUCUGCUACAAUCUCUGCAUCAUCGGAGCGUUUGUCUUGGUUGGUGGGCCAGUGGCACAGACCGAAAACUUGAUAUGCUAUCAGAUACUGAGCUGCUGAGAGUCCUCACCCAUGCUGUCUGCUACCACACACAGUUCAGGUUUUGAGCCAAAUUUCCCUAAAUGAUCUCUGGAGGCUGCUUUGGGAACAUUCAGUUAGCCAUUUUUUAUUCGUCUAAUGAGUGUUUUUAUCUCACAUUUAGAUUUUUAAGUAUUUUUUAUGCUGUUUCAGCUUUUAUAAUAGUAUCUCUUCUCAGUUUUCCAUUAAAGGUUAUUACUUUUUAGUUGCAAAAUAGUCAAGAAAAUAAUCAGAAAUUAUUGAAUAUAAUAAACACAACAGUUGUAUCUCUAGUUUAGGGUUAGCUGACUGUAAAAAGUGAUUGGGGUGAAAUCAACUGUAUAAAUGAGACUUCAUAAUUGUGUUUUCUGUUUUUCUCCCUGCCCAUCUCUCUAACUUUCUCUCUCUCUCUCUCUCUCUCUCUCUCUCUCUCUCUCUCUCUCUCUCUCUCUCUCACACACACACACACACACACACACACACACACACACACACAUACACACACACACACACACACUUUCGCAGAAGCUGCUCUUACAAAUAGGUCUGUUGCAUUAUUUAGUGUGUUUCCCAGUUCUCUAUCCAGCCGAAAUACAAUUCCAUAAAACAUGCAAUAUUGAUUGUGUCCUCUGUAGACCCACACUAUCAGUCCGAGGAAAUCUUUCAGAUAUCCCAACCAUUAAUAUGUUUUUAGAGUCCUUUCUUUCAUACUCAUGGCAGAAAACCCUCAAACUGAAGAGUGACUUUAGUGAGCUAAUUUCACAUUUGUUGAAAAAAGCCUUUUGACAGAAAACACGAUACACAAUUUGAGACCAAAACACAGAUUUUCACCCUAGUAUCAAAACGAACCUGGUGGACCAUCACGCCCGUAAUUACCGGGGCUAACUCAAACUAUCAUUUGGGUGACACAGACUUUUCAGCUUUUCCAUAAUAGAUGCAAUGAGACUCAUACAAGAAAUUAUCUGAAAGAAGACAGCCAUUUUUAUUACAUUUCAUUCUGACCCCUGAGGUUAAGUCAAGAAUGCAUAGAUAAUUUCUUGCUUUGCCGUUUUGUUACAAGAUGAUCUGCAACAUCUGGAAAGUAAAACACAUGAGGAAGGAAGAAAAACUGCAUUUCUUCAGGUGUCCACUUGAAGCUGGUUCUAAAACCUGAGGAAACCACGAAUGAAAGUGAAAACAUCGGAAUUAAAUAUGCCGAUAGCCUUGUAACUCAAACAGAUUUGGUUUCAAUACAUUUUGCCUUUGUUUGUUUAAACUGUAUUGGGAUUGUGUAAUUGGAUAAAGCAACAUUUUACAUCAGCUUUGUUUUGGCUUCCUUAUGCGUUUUAAGACAUCAAAAGGUGAAGUUGCAUGUCAGCAACCCGACAGAUCAAGAUUAUUAUGAUUUUUUUCUUUCCUCUGCUUUCAGGUGAGACCUUCUCAGAAAACUUCAGUCACACAGAGAAAUGUCAGCCCUGCACAGCAUGCACAGGUCUGCUCCGCAUGAAGGCGCCCUGCACAGACUCAAACGACGCCACCUGCGUGUGUAACUAUGGCUACUAUCUAAAUGAACUCUCACAGCGUUGUGAACCCUGCACCAAGUGCCCUGAAGGCCAGGGCAUGCUGUUUAGCUGUGACUACGACCACGACACGGUAUGUGAGGAGUGCAACGGGGACACGUACUCGGACCAGGAGAGUUCUCGGGAGCCCUGCAUCCCGUGCGCCACCUGUGAUGAAGGAGAGAUGUUACAGCCCUGCUCCUCUAUUAGUGACACAGUCUGUCAAGGUAAGACUACUUACUCACACACAGAUGAUGGUGGCGGUGCACUCACAUCACUUCAGAGAACAUAAUGUGCCAACCAGAUUAAUAACCUGUCACACCCCAAAAUGGCCUUCAUUGUUCUGCUAUACUCAACAGGUUGUGUGCUGUAUCUGUGUACUCAAAAGUGUCACAUGACUCUUUGUGAACAGGAUAUUAAGUCCCAAAUGUUUAACCCUUUAAGCACUGAAGCCAUACGGGCUGAUUUAUAAGAUAUUCAUAAGGCUGAGGGGAAAAAAUGAAAUACCCUGCAUUCUGAUUUACUCUUGAGACUGAACAAUGAAUCUACUUGUUCAGAGAUUUAUUUUUCAGCUGUUUAGCAAAUGGCUUUGGGUUGACCCUAUCCAAACACUGGCUAAAUUUAUUAUGAACCUCUAUGCAGAGCAAGCACAGUUGAAUGAUGGGGUGCACCGACCAAGGUCACGCUGGCCUGAAUAGAAUCUAAGUGUGCACAUGUUCGCACUGCACGGACAGUAUGAUGAGCCUGUCGUUCAUACUGUCAGCCACAUAAUUGGAUCAUCUCAGCGCCACAUUGUAGGAAUUGUUGGCCCGUCGACCUAAAUGCCACACCGAGCCUUGUCGCAUUGUCCUCAAGACUCAUCUCAUUCACAAAUACAAAGAGCACACUCUGUCCAUGACGAGGGUUUAGGAGAAGGUCAUAUCUCUGAACGGGUCUCUGAAUUUCUUUUAUAUCAUGGCACCCUGUGGGUAUCACUCUUGAAAUCAGGAAUUCCUCAUGCCUGCAGUCACUGCUCAUUCUAAUGACCCGAUGCCUCACAGAUUAAAUCAACGCUUUUGUGAAAUGACAAUAAAAGGACUCUGUUGAUGAGCCAUGCAGUCCACUGGGGCAGCGGUUUGAAGGAUGUUGUUAUCACAGUGUUGAGUACAGAGCAAGUCCCAGGGUGAAGGAAGUCUUUUGUGCCGCUCCCGUGAUGCAGCUUGGCCUGUAGGGGCUCUUAGUUCAGCCCAUGAGGCUACUUGAAGAGCCAGUAAUGAAUGAAACAGACAGUGAAAGUCAUGUUCUUUGUGACUGUUUCCUGUGUUCUGUCCUAUUUUUGGUUUUUCAUUUUUCUCAUUCAUCUUGACUUUUAAAGUUAGGAUACACUGAAGGGCUUAUGAUUGUGAUCUUGCAUGUGACAGAAGGUCUGUUCGACCUUGAGGAGGAUCCUGACAGAAAUUUAGCUCCUUAUGCCACUAAAGUAAAAAAAAAAAAUUUCUGUCAGGGAAUACAACCUAUUUCUGCUCUUCCACAGGGGGGCGCCAAAAUCAAUGUAAACUAAAAGUUCCUCACAGGAGCUUUAGAUGACCAAAAGUCAGCACUUGGUCCAGGCCAAAAAUCUCUGCAACAUUGUCACACUGGUUGUCAGAUAAUUUCCCAGCCCCAGCAUGAUUAAAUAUGAUAUCUUUCUCCUCUCUCUCCUUGCAUUUCUUGUUGCUCUCAAGCCAUUCUACAAAAUAAAGGCAAAAAAAUUAAGAAUAACUUCAAAAGGAGUAUAAACACAAUUGUAGUUGCUUACUAAACUAUCCCUAAAAACAAAACAAUAUAUUUGCACUAAAUAAAAAGGAGCAAAUGACGAACAGCAAUCCAUCUAUACAGGUUUGCUUGAAACACGGGGUCCACUCACUACAUUGGUUGGUCAUCAAUGAAUCAUUCAUGCUGUUUUUGAGAUGAGGGUAAUGACUAAUGUUGUCACAAAUGACUAGAAACACAGGGAAUAAACUACUACAAAAUAAAACAGGAAACACAGAAAACUGAUGUAAAAAAUAAAACACAGAGAACAGGAGGGAAACAGGGUCAAACACAAACGGAAAACUCUCAAGACUGGACUACAGGAGAACAGGAACAAGAGGGAACAGACACACUAGGGAAAAUACAAAAAAUGUACUCAAAUAAAACCAGGAGAAGAAAACUAAAUUAACAGAACAUAUCAUUACAAUUUUUUUUCACUUUAUGUUGUUGUUGGUUUCUCUUAAACCGAUAAAUGGAUCCUUAUCAAUGUUUCGUUACACUCCUAACUUCAUUUCAAGAACAAGGAUGAGUUUACAGUAAUUGGAUUGUGCUUAUGUUGAAGCUGCUCUAAAGCAGGCAGGCACACAACAGCAGGGCAUUUUGUUCUGUUUUAAAAAGGGACAUUGGCAUCAACCGUUUUCGAGCUGUCAUUGCGAUUUGGUGAUGUCAAAGCUCCUACCACUUUGAAUUUGCUGACAGUUGUCGUAUUGUACACUAACUUUAGGUACUGUUACUUCACUGAAAGCAGCUAAUAAGUCAUUGAAUUGUUUCACCCUGAAAAUUUCUGGAUUAAUAUUCCCAAUCAGUGGUUUUAUGCCCUUUUAGCAUAACAUUGAGUUGAAAAUAAAGACUACAUAAUUAUUGGAUGGAGUGACAGUUCCCAAAAGGGAAGCCAAAACAUUUAAAUAUAUAUUUGAAGGAAAACCAAUUUCUCUCAAAUACAGUUUCUGUGAUUAGAUUUAUGUAUCCAUUUUUUUCUUGUGCAAUUUUGCUUGAAUUAUUUAUUCGUUGCAAUAAAAAUGUAAGUCUGAAGAGAGAUGGCUGCCAUGUGGACAUGGUUAAUUAAUAAUGACGCUUCUGUGCUGCUUAAUUUAACUUUUAGAGUGGGUAGUGUUGUGGUUUGAGAGAUGAUUCAUCCAAGAUCAAGACCCAAUAUAAGGAUCCAGAACCCCAAUCUUAAAACAUCCUUCGAGAUAACUAAUGCAGCACACAUAAUGAUGAAUGUGUAUUUAUUGUGAUCCCAAGCAUGAUGGGCAGUGUAUGGCCUUUAUCAUCAUACUUUAUUCCUCCUGCUAACUCAAUCAUGUGCUCUUUAUUCCUAAUGUAAUCUUUUUGCCAAAGCACAAGCAUUAUCAGCUUGUACAAAUCAGUACAGCCAGACGUCCAUUUCCAUUAGUGUUUUGGCGACACAGGCCUGAAGGCUAAACAACAUCAGGAGGGUGGAGGGGAAAAGAGGAACCCACACAGACACAGACACACACACACACACACACACACACACACACACACACACACACACACACACACACACACACACACACACACACACACACACAAGGCUACUUGCCCAUGAAAGACAAGUUGUAACUUGGGACAUUGGAGAGUUUUUACUGUAGAACAUCUUUAGAAAGGGAACUGGAUUAACUGCUGUCACUGUUUGGAUUGAACUGAAGUUUAAACUGGUGGUGAAUUUUCCUCUUCGAUUUUGCACCCCUGUAUGUGGACACAAGCUCGGUUGAGAUGUGGGGUGAAAAUCCAAUUUCCUCCCACACUUCUAAAGGGAUUAGUGGUUUGUUUAGAGUCUCACCAUUGAAAAAAUAUCACUCUCUUCAUUCCUCUGUGAUGAUAAAACACCAUAAUGCUGAACUGGCAUUGUUGGGAUAGACCCUCAGAGUUGAUGGUCUAAAAGGAAAGAUGCUUAUCUAAAGGAGUGUGAGAUGACUUCCACCCUUCUGCAAGCAGCCAAGCAGGGUUGGAGGUCGAAGGUCAUAGGAGGCCUGUAUGUGUAGGGGGUCUUUGUGGGAAGAUCAGGCAGUGCUUGUGUCUCCUGGGGAUGUGAGCAGAACAACAUGGUUUAAUCCCCCAGUACUCUUAGGGGUCACAACAACAUGAGACAAGUGAAAUUGAUUAGCGCGCUUAUUAGCCACCCUUCAAAGUCACAGCAACUUAGCUGACUCAGAUUGGCAAAGAAACUAAUACUGUAUGGGCAGACCUCGACAGACAGUGAUAUUCAUGAAACUGGCAAUAUGGUCUGAACUAAAUGAAAAAAAAACAUGACAAAUCAGAAAAAUUUAAGUACAAUGUUUUCAACUAAAAUGUCUGAUUCUCAUACGUAUCAAAAUCGUUUUAAAGCAAGAAAGUUUGCAAAAACAUUACUGUCAUGGUUUAUAUACAGCAAAAUUUAAUCCUAGAUAGUACUUUUGUCUUUUUCUCAUAAAAAAAUGUUGUUAGAUUUAAUUUGUGCCAAAUUCACUAGACAAGCCCAAAAAAAGUCAUAUUUCUCUAUAUUACAUGCCAGAAGUAAGACGAAAAUUGCUUGUGAUGCACAAAAACAGCCAAGAUAAUAAGAAAAAAACUGAAUUUUUUAAUAAACCAUUAGUUUGAAUUAGAUUACGAGUUCUGCUUCAUUACAGGCAUGGUGGAUUUGACCAGCGGGUAGGCACAAUGUGGUAAUGGCCACAUGGCAGAGAACACUGUAGGCCACCUCAAAUCCCCUGUGCCCAUUGUCGUUCAACUGAUAGUUGAGCCAGUAUUUCAAACAUUGCAUCUGCUGUAAAUUGGCUUCAAUACUCUGCCUCAGACACCAAUGGGUGAUGUCAAUACGGCUUUGCCCAUGUUUUGUGGUCUAUGUUUUGAACCCCUGAUAUACAGUGCAUCCGAAAAGUAUUCAUACCACUUCACUUUUUCCACAUUUUGUUAUGUUACAGCCUUAUUCCAAAAUGGAUUAAAUUCCCUUUUUCCCUCAAAAAUUCUACACAAUAUACCCCAUAAUGACAAAGCGAAAAACUUUUUUUAGAACAUUUUGCAAAUUUAUUAAAAAUAAGAACACUCAAAUGUUGCAUAUACCUAAGUAUUCACACCCUUUACUCAAUACUUGGUCGAAGCACCUUUGGCAGCGUUUACAGCCUCCAGUCUUCUUGUGUAUGAUGCAACAAGCUUGGCACACCUGGAUUUGGGGAGUUUUUCCCAUUCUUCCUUGCACAUCCUCUCAAGCUCAAUGAGGUUGGAUGGGCAGCAUCGGUGCACAGCUACUUUCAGGUCUUUCCAAAGAUGUUAAAUCGGGCUCAAGUCUAGGCUCUGGCUGGGCCACUCAAGGACAUUCAGAGACUUGUCCCGAAGCCCCUCCUUUGUCUUCUUGGCAUUGUGCUUAGGGUCACUGUCAUGCUGGAAGAUGAAACGUCACCCCAGUCGAAGGUCUGGAGCUCUGUCAGAGUGACCAUCGGGUUCUUGGUCACCUCCCUGACCAAGGCCCUUCGCCCCCGCUUGCUCAUUUUGGCUGGGCGGCCAGCUCUAGGAAGAGUCCUGGUGGUUCCAAAUGUCUUCCAUUUCUUAAUGAUGGAGACCACUGUGCUUUUUGGGAUCUUCAAUGCAGCAGAUUUUUUUCUGUAACCUUCCCCAGAUCUGUGCGCCAAUACAACCCUGUUUCAGAGGUCUACAGACAAUUCUUUCGACUUCAUGGCUUGGUUUGUGUUCUGACGUGUUCUGUCAGCCGUGGGAUCUUAUAUAGACAGGUGUGGCUUUCCAAAUCAUGUCCAAUCAGCUGAAUUUGCCACAGGUGGACUGCAGUCAAGUUGGAGGAACAUUUCAAGGCUGAUCAGUGGAAACAGGAUGCACCUGAGCUCAAUUUUGAGUUUUAUAGCAAAGGGUGUGAAUACUUAUGUAUAUGCAACAUUUGAGUGUUCUUAUUUUUAAUAAAUUUGCAAAAUGUUUUUUAAAAAGUUUUUCACUUUGUCAUUAUGGGGUAUUUUGUGAAGAAUUUUUGAGGGAGAAAAGGAAUUUAAUCCAUUUUGGAAUAAGGCUGUAACAUAACAAAAUGUGGAAAAAGUGAAGUGGCAUGAAUACUUUCUGGAUGCACUGUAAUUUUGUGUCACUAUCGGAAUGAAGAAAUGUGAAAGAAUAUACGAUGUUGCCAGUUGAAGCAUUUAAUCACAAUAGCAAAGGCGAAGAAAAACCUUUAUUUUCCACCACCCCAAACAAUGUGACAAACUUAAUAAAACCUAUUUAUGUAGAUUUUUCUAUUCAGACCAAAAAAAAUAAACAUUGAUCCAAAGGUGUUGAACAUAUCUGUAAAAUGUUAUCUGACAGCUAAAUUUAGCUGGACAGUAGUGCUUGACAAUUUUGAUUACCAUAAAAUUAGAUUAAGAUUAAAAAGCUGUAUGAGCUCUUAUUAGGUAAGAAAUUGGUAUGUGAUGCAUCUAGUAAUAGGAAUGGUUACAUGCUGAUGCCUGUCAAUUCCAGAUAAUAUGCGAUGGGAGUGGCCAUCCAUGCUAACGCGCUGUGACACAGCCUUUUCAUGUCAUGGUUGAAGUUGAAUGAGCAAUGCUUUAUUUUGUCAGAGCAGUCACUGCCUGUUCCUAUCAGGCUGUGCUCUCAGGCCUCAAGGCUGGUGGGAAACUGAAGCUUUCACUCAUCGACCCUGUUCCUCCUUGACUUUGUUGCCUGGAUUGACUGCACUCAGUGUGCUGACCUAUCACCCAUAGCCUGCGUUUCUGUUCCUGUGGCAGCACGGGGCAACAAGUUGAGGUUUGCAGCACCACAGCAAUUAUAUUACUCAUGCACGUGCAUGCCUUUUGAGGAAAUUGAAAGAUUAGUCAAAUAUGAGUCAAAACACACUGCAGACAAGUACUCCCACUCCAUAGUCUGAGAUCAAUAAGAUGACUUAUUGAGCAUUACAGAUGUGAAACAGCAUAUGGGAAAGUGAAGGUCGAGUAGGCGUGGUCUAGAGGAAACCAGAGGUUGAGGGGGGGAAUGGAAGUGCAUUUGGUUAUUGAAUUGAUAGGUGAGUAGGAGGAGGGAGCUGUUUCCUUCCUGAGGUUGGUUGACCUUAACGAUUGACCGGCUGCCCUUUACAAAUCAGAAGGAGUGAUCUGCUAAGUAACCCCACGCACAGAACCAAGAGCCAGGACUGUUAAAGUAAAUCAAGAGAGUCAGACAAGUUUGAAAAAAAGUAAAAUGGGGUUUCGUAUCUUAGUUUAAGUCAACAGAGUGGUGCAUGCACAACUGGAAAGCUUCUCAGUCCCUGUUCUUAUGGGUUCUGUUUCCAAGUACAUGUGCAAUUUAAAAUCAAAGCAUUUAGGUCUUUUUAUGGAAAGGUCAAAAGAAGGGGUUUUUCGCUAUAAAUAACACUGUGGCUUUCUAAAAAACAUUCGUCUGUGGGUGAUGUAAAUAGUUGCAGCUAUAAAGCUAACUUCAGUGAAUAUAUGCCAUCUUUGGCUGAUUUGAAUGGCUUCAACUAGUUUAGCUCCCCAGAAGGAGGUCUUAAGGUGUGCCCUUGAUAGCUUUAUGCUUUCAUGAAGACUGUGGCUAACCCAGAUAAAGUGUCAACACUCUCAACAGCUGUUUACUCAUGAAGCAAGUGUUAUCAAACCCUAAAACAUUCACAACAUUUUUAAACUAAUUUCUUUAUCAUAAAACCUAUACAGCUGAUUUGCCUAUAAAGCAAAUGGACACAGACUGGGCUUAGUUUUUUCUUAACAGAGCUGCUUAUGUUUGCAACAAUACAGCCCAUCUUGGACCAACUAUCGCACCGUGGUGAAGUCAUUACCAAAGAACUGCAAAGAAUCUUGGUUUUGGAAGUAAAAGCAGAGCAAAUCCUAAUGAAAGCAAACUAAUUUUCAAGACAUUCUAAAUGAUCAUGUAUUAUCAUUGACUGUAAACUUACAAUUUCAUGGAUUACUAGAUAAAAUUCUUGUACAUUUGGUAUUGAAAGGUUAAGCUAGGCACUAAAUUCCAAACAGUCUGUCGUUUUUUCUAGGGUAUGUGCACCAUCCCAGCAUAAAAUUCCAAAGCUUGACAGGAGCUCAGAGGAUCCCAGCAAGAAUCUGACAGAUAGCGAGACAAAUGGCAAAACGAUAAAAUGCCACUGACAUUUCUGAUUUCUUGAACCCAAAGCAUUUUUACAUCAAUAGCUGUGAAGAAUCCUCAACCCCAGUCAGACCAAACAAUUCACUGUCUUUGUGUUGCACAGUCAUCCAUUGUGUGGCCAUAGCUUGGACUCCACACAUCCUCUGACUUAUAUCUCUACUGACUUGGGCUCUAUGGCCACAGCUGACCUUCUCUUUUUUAACCCUUUUGCCCCCUACUCAACACAGUGUGAGCAUUGUUACAACUGAUGGUGGUUUUAAAGUCCACUGUGUCUCUUUCACUGCUGCCGUAUAAGAAUCAAUCCCUUGUGGUCGCAACUCAGACUCAUUGAGUCGUCUCUCGUCCAACUCGAGGAAUUUGGCCCUCGACAUUCCAGGGAAAAGUUUUGGAGGUGCUUUGGUAUGGGUGACCGUCCUGGUCCAAGGGUGAGGACAACACUUGUGCUUUCGCUCGUGCUGUUCAUUCUUUGCCAAAGUUGGAUUCUGGUUUGGGGAGUUGAGGUUUAUACAAUGUACUAUGUGUAUUGAAGUAUUGUGUUACUGCCAAGCCAAGCCUUUUCCUCCCAGUGACAUUUAUCUUUUCAUCUGGCAUUGUGAACAGGAAAUGAAUCAGUGCGCCAUGCUGUUAACUGAACUUUAUCAAAUGAUUUAUUAGUUUGAUAACUUCCUCUGGGCACGGUUAUCUCAGAGAUUGUUUUUUAUCUUAUCUAGUUCAGGAUCUAUGGGGAAAUAUAACACCGCCUAUUCCUGAUGGUCUCUGCAUAGUAUUUUGCUAAUCAUAACAAUGGGCUACUUGAGUUUAAACCUUUAGUUUAUGAAAAUAGUGACAAUUUUUAACAAAGCUUGGGACUACUUCUUGACUGACCCAUUGUCGAACCAUUUAUGAACUGUUAACCAGGGCUUAUUGGGGCCUAUGAUUACCCUUACAUGUGCUAUCAUAUUGGCUUUGUGUUUAUUUAUGAAGCAUUUGUUUAAGAUAAUCCAUUAUUCUCCACGGCCGUGUUUCUGCCCUCUUUAAAUGCAGAACAAAGCAGAGUAAACACAACACUCAUUGGUUGGCAGCAUCCUCUUCUGCCUUAAUUAGCACUUGCAUGAGUGCUAUCCCCAAUUGGACCUUGCCAGCAGUGUUGCAGGGCUAUGUGUAGCUUGCAGAUGCAUCUUUAAAUUAGAAUUCUGAGCAGCUGUGUAACAGAUUUCUUAUAUUACAGUUUAAAUGUGAUUUGUGUAUCUAACAUAUUACUUUGUGAUCCAUUGCCCCCAACAUUGUUUUCAUCAUUUUAAAUGUGACAACUCAAACCAAGCAUCACAAAGUCAUCCCUAGAUCAGUUAUAUAUGACCAUUAUAGCUGCUGGUUUUAACUUAAAACAAAAACUGACCUGUUAGAAGGUGGUGCCAAUAAUCUCAACAAAUGGCAGCAUACAAAAUAGUUAUUUUAAUCAGUGGUGAGAGUGGUAUACAGGAAGGGGGAGAGCUGCAGUAAAGGGAGAGAUGGAGAACGCCUGACAGAUGCUGAGAAUGUGGCCGGGUCGAUAAAAGCGAUGGAGUUUCUCCUCUACACUCUCGGGUUUCUCUGGUUGACCUCUAUGAGUGCUGAUCACAUUCUGCCGCAGAACAGACACACACACAUUCACACACAUAUGCAGGCACAAGCUAGUACCCUUUACAAAUGGACAAACAUGGCAUGGGAGCGUGUUCAGUUGGGGCUCAUGUAAGAUAGAAAAGACGCCUGUAAGAGUUGAGAAAGUGCCAAAAAAAAAAAAAAGAAAAAAGGAAAAAGUUCUUGGAUCUGAAGAAAUCACAGAUGCCAAAAGUGAAUUGAAAAACAGGGGUAACAGCAUUUUCCAGCAGCACAAUUAAUCCCUUCUCUUGUGCAUGUUGUAACAGCAUGAAAACCAUAAAAGUGCCUGUCAUUGGAGAAGCUGUUCAGGUUUUUGUUUAGCAGGUCUUGGCAGUCCCAUAAUGACAUAUAAUAAAAAGAUAUCCUCUAGUGUUGGGACGCCCCUCCUGUUUUUCGUUUUUAAAGCCAGCUUUCAAAAUAUAGGCAGGAACACCUGUAGUGAGCGUCUGUUUGCAGCAGGUUGGAAUGAGGAGUUUGACUCAGGUGUGGCUGCUACCCCACACAAACUUUGGACAGAAAUCCCACACAUUCUCUCACACACACACUCAAACUGUAAGUCUGUAUACCCUCAUGUAAGAGCACAUGCCAUACCAGGUUCCAUCUAAAUACUUACUCAUUUUACUGGCAAGAACACAAGUGCCCUGUCUUCCCAUCCAAGGUGAAUCAUUCAUUGACAAAGCCAGGAGUAACAUUCCAGUUAUUUUACUAACGACAAAGUAAUACCUACCAUUGAUACAACAAAUGGUUUGUUGACAGGAGUUGCAGUUGACUUCACCUGCAAUUUUUACAGCUACAAAUCUGCCAGUGUCAGUGAUCCUAAUGACAGGCUUUGUCACAUUUUGACAAGUUGCAUUUUUGUUCCUCCAGACAGAAACCCCUCCAAAUUUGCACUCAAACUGUUUUUACCUGGUAAGGUUACAUUAUCACCACACUGAGAUCCUCCCCCCUCAAAAUACCCUGAAAAUACUUCUAAAAAAAGUGGGAUUGUCUCAUAUUUGGAGCUUAGUAAACAAUGAGGUUAAAGCUGGUAUAUAAACAACUUGUAACCCUGGGAAACAGAAUGGUGAGGCGCACAGAUAGCUGUAUGGGUUAGCUCACUAUAGUCCCGGCAGUGAAAUAUAGAGUGAUGUCAGAAUUACCCCACGAGUUAAAGAUAUAGUAGAAGGAAAUGGUUGCUCAGCGGAUCAUUAAAACAUCCCAACAUGAUAACUCUCUGACUUAGAGCAGUGGUACGAUAACCACUGAGCUCGCCGUUUAGUGGAAACGAGCUGAGCUCAGCAGCAGGAUUUCAAUUCCCCCCCGAGGCCAGACCAUCCAAUGUGAAAGGUUGAGCCAGUGGUUCAGUAAAUGCACUUAGGGCCCUGUUUUAACUGUUAAUCACUGAGGUAGAGUAAUGAUGCAGAGAUGUAGGAAGUGCAUAGAAGGUUAGAUGGAUGAGAUGGAUGGCGAAUACCUGAAGGAUUUGAUGUUAUAACCAAACAGAUCUGACAGAAGUGAUGUUGAGUUACAUUUUAAUGCAGGUACUAAGGGGGAGAUGAAUAGGGGGUAGGGAGACCUGCCAUUGAUUGACAGGACAAGAAAUGCCUGAUAGGGGCGUGUAGCCAGGAGCAAAUGAAAAGAAAGAAGAGCAAAGGAUGAAGGGAUGGGGAGGGGGAGUUUGUGCUGGACAAGAAGAUUUCUGUCGAUGAAUGGUGUCUGGUUUCGAGUGUGUGUGUGUGUGUGUGUGUGUGUGUGUGUGUGUGUGUGUGUGUGUGUGUGUGUGUGUGUGUGUGUGUGUGUGUGUGUGUGUGUGUGUGGACCUUCCACAUUCACCAACAGGGCAAAUCACAAAUAUUUUCACUAAAAUGCAUCAAAGUCAGUGUAGAUGAAUCAAACUCAGCACAGCUCCUCUUUAACGCUGAAACAUUUUUUUUUCACACAACUAUUUGCCGGCACCUUAAGUAAGACUUUGUAGUUUAUAAUUGGUGGAAUUCCCCCCAAAAUCUACUUGACUCUGACUUUAAAACCGCCAAAAAAGUAAGACUUGAAGGAUAGCUUUGGAGGCACAAUAUGUUAAUGUUCCCAGAAGCAGCUCCCAGCAUCCGUGUAGAUAAGCUCUCAUUAAAAAUGUUUUCACCUCAUUAGAAAAAAAAAGAUUCCUCCCAUCCAAAAGGUCUCCUGAGGUAUUCAAACCCUGAAACAAACAGGAUGUUUUCCUGUUGAUGAUGUGAGUAACUUAAAGUAAAUGACAGGCAAGGAUGGCUUCCACAUCUGCGGUGAGAAUCAGUGGUUGAAGAAAGUGGACAGGACUGGAUGGUCAUGCUUGCUCUUAGCCUCGUUAAUGGUUCCCAGGAGUGAAGCGGGGAUGACCAAGUGAUGUGGGAUGUAAUGUGUGCGGUUGUGUUUCUUGUAUGUGUUUGCAGGAUGAGAGCCAUUUAUGGGUAAACUGGCUGUGGUGACUGAAAGCUUAAGAUGGAUUGUUUGUGUUUGUUUUACAUUUGCACCUCUAUUUAAAACUCAGAUACAAUUUUCCAAUCAUAUAUGAGCUGGCUAGAAGUAACCUGAACUCCAAGGCACUAAUGCUGCAUUCCAGUUUUUUUCACAUUGAAUUCAGAUGUCGGAGCUGGGAAUGACGUCACACCCAAGUUGACGACAAUCCAGUUAACAAGUCGGAAAACCAAGAUGGACGCCCACUGUUAGCUGUUAUUUACGAUUGUCCGCCGUCGUUAGCCAUUGUCAGUCGUUGCUAGCGGUUGUCAGCUGUUGUUAGCUGCUGUCAGCGGUUGUUAGUUGUUGUUAGCCAUACCAGUUGUAAACAACGCACAACACAGUAUUUUACUCUUACAAACACCAUAGCACCGUGUUCACAGUUAGGUGUUGGGCAGCACAACAUAUACCACUUAUUAAAUUUCACGAAAAAAAAAACAGAGGUAUUAAUAAAUAAUACAUUACGAGAGCUUUUACUGUUACUCUUUACUGUUGAUGCACUGCACUGCCAGUCGGAAAACUCUGACUUCAGGUGGGCGUUCCGAGUACAACUGGAAUGCAGCAUAAGACUUCUUAUGCUUGAAGAAGCUUUUUUGUCAAAUGCAUGUUUGCCGCUGAUUGCUGUUAGCUUAUAAAUUACCUUUAUAAAUUGAAAUACUGAAAGUAUGUCUGUUUAAUGAACGAUGUUUAAUAAUCCUCUUUAUAAUAGUUAAUACAGGGUAAAUGCCAGUUAUUUAAAUAUUGCUUUUUCACAUACAGCCCUUACAGAUUCUUUCUUUUGUCCUUUACAGUUACCUACCCAUCAGUUUUCCCCUCCAUACCCUUCAAUGCUUCCCCCAUGCCUCCUGAUGAUGACUUCCCAUUAGACGGACCCCCUGAUGGGCCUCCACCAGACGGAACCUCUACGGAAAGCACAACCGUCACCUCCACCAGUGGAGACUCCCAGGAGCGACUCUACCAGGGUCUCAACGACAAACUCAUCCCCAUCUACUGCUCCAUCCUGGCUGCAGUCGUGGUUGGCCUUGUGGCUUUCAUCAUCUUCAAGAGGUGAGGACAGAGAGGUGAACUCAUCUGUUUUGUCUGAGGAGAAAGAAAACCCAGUGCUCAUUACAAAUUCAUUUCGACUGCAUAAUCCAAUCUUGAAUGUUGAAUUUCCGCGUUUCAUAUUUAAUGAAAUCAGCUGCUGCUUUGCUUGGAGCACAGUGGUGUCCUGUGGGCCACCAUAUGGUCUCACAUACUCAAAACCCAUGCUGCUCUCUUAAUGCCAACACAGACAGCCACUGGUGUGUUAAAUUUUAAAUGUACAAUAUGUUUAUGUAACUAUGUAACUGCUCUCUUUACUCUGGGCCUCCUCUCUGCAGCAUGAAGUCACUGCACUCUUUGAAGCAUUUCUAUCUAAAUAUAUUUCUGAAAGCAGUCAUUAGUGCUCCAUUUCAUAUUAACAUGUUUUCAUUGAUCCCAUCUUGGCUAAUGGUCUUUUAAAGUCAACAUCAGAGCACUCUACAAAUGUUUUAACUGGUUAACAAAUGUAAGAUUAAGCACCUGCUCAGGUUUGACUGUAGUUUUUUUGAGCUGUAACACUGUGACAAUUUGUCUUUUUAAAAGCAGAGUUCAAGUCCCUAAAGUAAAAUUUGUUCUCAAAAAGUUCCUGCAUGAGCGAGAGUUCACAGCAGCCGACACAAGUUUGAAAUAUGAUUUUAGUGGUAAAAGAACACACUCUCCCCAAGCUGCUUUGCUUUGUCACGAUCUUUAUUAACUGUUGGUCAAAUACAUGUCAAACUCUAUUGAGUUUGCCAUCUUUUGCCAUCCCCUCAUCCCCUCCAGAACCACUGGACAAAAAUUGUAUUUUUUAUGUGACAGUGAUGGAUGCCGUAGGGCUGGAUAAAACUUUGGGAUGAACUUGAGUAUGUGGCCAUUAAAUUUGUUUUUUGGGUUGGCAGUGUCUUCCACCCUAGUUUCAGAGUGCAUACUGCUGCCACGUUAUAAAAGCUGUCCCAAGGCACUUCCACUUCCUUUGGUAGUGACUGUCAUGUCUGUUCUGCAUGUUCAAAGACACCUUUAAUGGACAAACUAAUAGAUAAUUUUAUGGUAAUCCCAUGUAUACUCUUAUCCCCUCACCCUAUACUGACUUCUGUAUUUCACUUUUUCUGCAGAGCUUUAUCAAAUUUGUGCCCACGUUUUUCUUAUAAUUUGUGUUGUACAUAGUAAAAGUUUGCAAACUCUAAAAACUGUGUUGCAUGUGCCAAAGUACAGCUGACACAGUUGGAUUUAUGCACGUGCAAACAGUAUCCGUAACUCCUCUGAAUUGCCUGAUCCUCUCUCUUUCCUCUCUUCAGGUGGAACAGCUGUAAGCAGAACAAACAAGGAGCCAACAACUGCACGGCCAACCAGAACCAGACCCAGUCACCUGAAGGAGAGAAGCUGCACAGUGACAGCGGCAUUUCUGUGGACAGCCAGAGUCUGCAGGAGCAGCAGGCGCAGACUCAGGCACACACAGGUAACGCACAAAUACCUGUAUGCACACACACACGCCACUCCCUGUAUGCUCAGAAAUACAAAAGACCUAAUUCAUCAAACUUCAAUUGGUUGUAAGCCUGAGUCGUCACAAUAGUCUGUGUUUAUCUCACGUUCUUGUAAUGACUUUCUUUUACACCACAGUUAAGUCUGAUGGAUUGUAAACCUGAAAUUUGGGUUUCUGUGAUUGUAGACACAGGUUAAAAGAAAAGAAUUCCCCCUCAGAACUAAGUUGACUUGCGGCUUUUUUCAGCUCCACCUUGAGUGUGACCUUUCAAACUUACUGUAGCAAUCGGCAAACAGAGGUUACAACACUGACAGAACGUCGGUGUUUGCCUUUUUACAGCGGCAGCAGCACGUGCUUCUGGCAGGUUCCAGUCCUGCCCUGACAAACCAGUUUAUGAGACUUGAGGACUUUAGAAACCACCAGAUAAUAGCAAAGGAUGAAAACAAAGUUUGCUAGAGGGAAAUAGCAGUGUUUACCUCUUUCUCUUGGUUGUUAUGGACAGCUUCUAAACAGUCUUUGCUUCUCCACUCCUCAGACAGUCCUUGAUCUAAAGUGAUGAUAGUUAUUUGAAACGGAAAUUAACAGACAAGAAAGGCAAGUGUAUUCUCUUAGUAGCCGAAAUCUCUUUUCAGUUUUUUAAGUGGUUAAAGUUGCCCCCUACAGGCCUGGAGAACUUUUUUCUCUCAUUUUUAAGGGUUUUGUGCCUUAAUUUAGAAGAAAGAACACUUGAUAGAGCAGAAAAUUUGGAGAGAGGGGGGAAAUGAAAAGUGGUCAAAGGCUGUAGGUUGGAAUCAAACCUUGACUGCUAACUGGCUAUCACAGUGCAAAGGAUAUUUCAACUCUCAGGAAUAAUAAUUAUAAUAAUGCAUCAGAUUUCAUAGAGCGCUUUGUCAGAGACCCUCAAAGCGCUUUACACUGGAUACAUCACACAUCACACAGUCACACUUUUGAUGGUGGUAAACUACCUUAGUAGUCACAGCUGCCCUGGGGCAGACUGACGGAAACGUGGCUGCCAUUUUGCGCCUACGGCCUCUCCGACCACCACACAACACUCACAAUCAUACACCAGUGGAGGACACACACUGGGAGCAAGGUGGGUUAAGUGUCUUGCCCAAGGACACAAUGGACAGACUUGGGAUAGGGGGGAAUCAAACCGCCAACCUUCCAGUUAUUGGACAACCGCUUUACCUCCUGAGCUACUGCCGCCCAAUAAUAAGUGAAUGAGGCAAGUAGAGCACUGUAUGCACAGUGAAUUCACAUCAUUUGCUUGCUCAGUCAGCGCGCCGUCAUUCCUGUCAUUCACCUGUACACACAGCUCCCUCUACGAUGUGUCCGUACACUGACUUUACAAGUAAUUCACUCACACAAAUGAUUUAAUUUGCUCAGUGUUAACACAACACCACAGUUCCCCCACAGGAAACCACUUUAACUCAAAAAACCUUUAGUUGCAAAAUCAAAAAACAAGCAGCAGACCUUUUGUUUACUAUGACAAAGGAACUUGAACCUGCAAAAAAAAAAAAUACAUAUAAGUUGGCUCAUUUUUUGUCCACUGCUCAUCUUGCUUCAGCCCCUCUACAAACACACACCUCUCCUGUUUUUAAUCAUACACUAGUCUGUCUACUAAAUUUAAAAAAAUUCUAGAUUAACAAAAUGGAAGAAUCAUCACAUCUAAUGGGACAACUCGUGCAGUAAGAAUAGUUUUCCCCCAUCCAGACUUUUAUGAUUGAUUAAUUACUUAUUUCAAAAUCAGAUCAAGCAAACUCUAUUCAAAAUCAAAUGCUGUUGGUUGAAAUAAUUCAAUGGUAAAAUGUCCUCUUCUCUGUCUUCUGCAGCUGUCACCAUGGAUGAGGAGCCGUGCCUGCUUCUUCCUCUCCACACUAGGGAGAAAGUGGAAAAGCUUUUAUUCAAUGGCAGUGAAGGCAACGACUGCAACCACAUGGACGACAGCGACUGGUGCAACCUGGCAGCCCUCUUGGGAUACGAGGAGGAGCAAAUUGCCACUUUUAGGCAGGAGGAGCACCCUGUCCGUGCCCUCUUGUCUGACUGGGCGAGCAAGGACUCCGCCAGCAUUGACGCACUGUGCACAGCACUCCGUAAAAUCAACCGUGAUGACAUUGCCCAGAGUCUGGUGCUCAGCCCGAGUGCUGCAAAGCCAACCGCCACAUCUGUUGUGUGAUUUAACCACAAGAACCUUCAACAGUCUCUAACAGCCUCUCUUAAUCUAAACAAUUCAUGCUAAAACUACUAAAAGCUUUCUGUCAUAAAGGCAGCAGUCACGAUGAGGGUAAAAUACCAAAAAUUCAGAUUCUUAAAAAAUGAUUGGCCUAUGUAGAAGGAAACUGUCUCUAAUCAUUCCAUAUUAAACUUACAAACCUUGUAACAUCUAUGUGAUUGUCCUCAAACUUAAAGAAGCUGCUUGAGCUGUGUGCUUAAAUAUGGUGGAUAUUUGGCUCUCUAAUCUUUCAGUUUCAUCUCCUGAAACUCUCUUUGUCUUCAUUCUCAUAUAUAGUUAGUGUUUCCUUCUCUUGUAGCGCUUUUAUGCCAGUAUUGUUACUUUACAAAUCUAUGCUACCAAAGAGGACUGAACGCCUCGAGACCAUGCCUGUCAGGCCACAUUAUUUACAUGCCACGUCAGACUUUUUUCAAUUGAACUUGUCAAAUGACUUGUGUCUGUUACUGUUACCCGAUGAGGCCUGCAUACCACAGAGUAUCUGGAUCUUUGCAAAUAUGACAACCACAGGAAGGAUGCUUGGACUGCUUUCAGAUGAGACUGUUCUCCUUCAGCACAAAUGAGAGCCAAGUGCAGCUUUUUACCCUGAUUUUGAAAACGUGUGUGACAUUGCGGACAUUGAACUGUGGCACACAUGGAAUUAAUCUCAACUUUGACGUUGCUUAAGUGAUUUCUAUAGCUUCUUUUUCCCAACAAGUGCUGUAAGAACUGCUGGCUGGACAAGUCACUCACAGGGAACAUGAGACUCAAUGUGACUUGAUGUUCUCAGGCCUAUCUGCAUAACACAGGGGCCCACAUACAGGGCCUUUAUUCUGACCUAGGAAAGGAAAAGACUCAUGGCUUCAAGAAACAACUCUGUAAACAUUCUGUAUAUACAUUCUCACAUAGAGAUAUAGUAUAACCAUCCAUGCAUGUACUGUACAAAUACAUCCGUCAUCAUGUAUGCAUUACAUUCUCAUUCAUGGUAGAAGUCUCAUAAAACUUCAGAUCCUGCCAUAUACUAUAUAGAAAACUCUCACAAUGGGACCAUAUACUGUGUAGUCUUAUUAUUAAGUAGCCAUAUAAGGUACUUCUGUGUCUUUAAAUAUCCAUAUGUUUGCAAUAUGUGCUACUGGUCGAGUAAACUGUAAACAGCAGAAACAAGCAACACACUGUCAACUAGUGCUCAAAUUUCAACACGCACAUACAGAGUGAUCAGCAUGCAAAAGGAAAAAAAAAUCCGGUCUUUCUAUCUUUUUUUCUUAAUUCCUCAGGGCAAUCUAAAAUGAUUGUGUUACCAUGUCAACCAUUUAAACAUUUCCCCCCAAAAGUAGACUGUUUUUUUUUUUUUGCCAAAGCAGCAAUUCUUGCGACUGACAAUCCUUUAAACAUGAGAAUAAGAAAAAGAGCAGUGCCAGAGAGGAAAAGAAAAAAAAAAAGUGUCUCAUAUCCUUAUUGUUUGCAACAAUAACCUCUAGAUAAAAGGGAAGUCUGUGGAGACAUAAGUCAAAGGAUGUAGGGUGACUCAAGGCAGAGGGAGAACAGGAAAGUUUAGGUUUAACCCUGGAAUCAUUUGCAUUAUGCAGCAUAUUUAAGUAAACGCAUGUAUUCAUGGAAGUUAUCACUUUUCACAACACUGUUCACUGCCACCAUUUCUUGAUAUUUGUUAAAGCAUUCCAGCUGCUAGCAAAGGACCUAAAGCACCUUUUUGUUCUUGUUUAGUCCUUUAUUUUGGAGGAAACAUUUGAAGGAACAAGUAGUUUUUUAAUCUCUCACACAACACCAUAUAUACCUUUAAUUCCUGGAUACUGACUGUGUUGCCAUUGUUGCCAACCUCUUGCACACUGAGCUUCAUGCUGUAGUGUUACUUUAAAUGAAGGUAUUCUUGCUUUUUUAAGGGUCUUAGUAUUUAAAUGUCCAAAUAACAGCUGUAAAUGAUAUUAUGCCUCUCUAAUUGUUCUAGAUUGUAGCACUUAUAUGCGUAAUUAUGUAUGUCUGUUUUGCAUCACAAGUGCCUGGGAACUAUUUCAGGUGUCCACUGAUGUACAUUUUUUGAGCUUUUUUAAACUUUUGUUGUUAACUUGUAAAAAGAAAAGGGGAAAAACAAAGGUAUUUUCUGGUUUUAUUUGAGUCAAAACCCAGAGGGCGCUACUGUACUCAUCUAUGUUUAUGGGAAACUGUCACCGUAUCAAUGCUGUCCCUGUUAAAGAGGAUAAAGAAGGGCAAAAAGGAAGGGAGGUGCCUUUGUUAAGUAAAGGGUGCAAGUAUAAGGCAAACCACUAAUGGGUGUGUUAUUAAGACUUUACAUAAAUAUUUUUCUGAUAGUAUUAAUCACAAAUUGAGAGCUCCAAUUGUCCACUGAAUACACUACCUGCCAUCAAAAUCAGUGAGAAACACAGAAUAGAUACAGAAGACUAUGGUCAGCAGUCAGCAAGCUUAGUUUAGUUUAGAGCAAAAGUGCAAGAAACAGGAAGACAGAGGCAGCCACAACCUUCAUAGUAACAGUCCACUAGCACCAGUUAUCUCAAAUAAUCACUAACAAUUUUUGUUUUUAUGUUUGCUUGAAACAAGAGUGAAACAGCCAAGUUACGUUGUUAGUGACAAGUAUACCAAAGUUGUUUCAUGUAUUCUGUUUCCUUUUGGACAGACUAAUGCUAGCUGUCUGUCCAAUUUCUAGUGUUUCCACCAGGUUAAGAUGACCUAAACCAAGCUAAGCUAAGCUAAGUUUACUGAAUUUUUUAUUUUUCAGUUGUGAGGAUGAUAUGUAUAUAUCCUUAGGCAAUCUCAGAAACACCAGGCUGUUAUCUGCUGUAAUUGAGUGACAUUGUCUAAAAGUAUACUGGUAUGUUAACAUUUAUGCAGAUAUCUCUUAAUGCAGAUAAAUCAAAUUUAAUGUCAAAUUAUAGCCAGGGGGGUUUGGAAAAAACAGUAAGGCUGAUGAUUUCUGCCCCUUUGCUCCCAACAAAAACUGUUGUCCUGCAUCCAGAUAAAACUGGCUGAAAAAGCUGUUUUACUUUAACUUUCCCUUCAAACCAAAUGUGAGAACUAAUUUGUAAGUCAUUUGAGACAGCUCAUGAAUAUUUCCUUUGGUUUAGGUACAAUAGUCUGCCAUAUAAAUGUAUGAUACUGUAAAGUAAAAAAGCAAAAGCAAAACUUUGAUAUCAGAUUCUUGAAUUAAAGGAAAAUGCCGCAUGUUGACUGAUAAGUUCAGAGAGACUUGAGUUCCUGAUUGUCAACUAAAUUAACAAUCACUUUCAGAGUUUGCCCCCUAAUUAGAAGUUAAGACUGAAGGUGGAGUUUUUUUCCUUGGACAGUAUUCCUGAAGUUUGAUUAAUAUGAGAGAUUUAAUGGAGAGGCGGGGAACAAAAAUUGUAUUGCUUGUACAGUAAACCCAUCUGAAGGUGAAAAUGUCAUGAUGUUGCACUUGUGUAAGAAAGUAAUCUUGCAGAUAGGGGAGUUUGAGGGUGGGUGGGGAGUGAUGAUCUUUGGAGACUGAGAUUGUUUUUGUGAAAGCCCUGGUUAUGUAACUCACAGUGACUGACAGUGUACCAGGGCUGAAUUGUACAGAUCUGAGGAUUCCUGAAAGUUACUUGUCUACUACAUAUACUGUUCUAUACUUAAUGUGAAUUUGUAAAAUUCCAACAUCAGACAAGCAGUUAAAUAAAUAAUGAAAGCUCAAACCCACUCAACUUAUGUAUUGAUCCUAUAAUGCACACACAAACAAUCAAAUGCAUACUCUUGCAUCAGCUUAAACAUUAACAUGUCCUUCAUUAACCCACAGCUGGUGCAUCACAGAACUUACAGUAAAUCAUAAAUGCAUCAUUUUAAAAUAUGAUGGGAAAAGACAGAGAAACAGUCAGCGAUAACAUAAAAACUAUUUAUAAAACUACUGAACUUGGCUUAUUCUUCCAAAAUGAAAACUUUACUUUCCAAAACUUCGUGUCUCAUCUAAUCACUUUUUAUCUUGUUUCACACAAUAUUGAUAUUGGUGCUCAACACUGCCUUAUAAUGUCAGCUUAAAUAGUAUCUCUUUUUGCAUCGCUUGAGUUGCAAGCUCAACAUCUGCUACCAUAUUUGACCUGUUAGGUCUUGUUCACUGCAGAAACAAUGCUAAAGAAACAGGAAAUUGAAACUGUUGUGGCUAGCUCCUGUUAGACCAGCUGAAGCUGUCUGCCUUUUAGUGGGUUGCAUCUUGACAAACAUCUUAAAAUAUGACACAAUGAUAGAUCCGAUUUUAACAGCGAGCUUUAAUGGAGCAAAAGAAAAAUGCUCAAAAUUAAUAGAUAACACUACAUUUUAUAAUCUGCUUAAGCCAUGUUAAACUUGAGUUUAGUAACUGGAUUAUUUAUUGCAUGAUUAUUUAUUUAAAGCUGUGCUUGGGGGUGCUAAAUAAAUAUUUAUGCUCUAACCCGAUCACAGUAUGGUCUGGUUUUGACACAGCUCUGGAUUUACCCUCAGGGUGGAGAAGGCCUGUGUAUUUUCCUGGAGAGCGACUUAAGUCCUUCUGACAUGUAAUCUAAGCCAACGGAGGAAGUUUGGUCACUAAGAGCUUCAGUCCCAGUGCAUGAAGGCACUGAAGGGGCAGGGGGACAGAAAAGGAGGUGAGGCAGGAGGGGGACUAGAUCCUCUUUGGCUUCAUCAAACUGACUGCAUGAAUUACAGCAUGGCGUGUGGUCUGUGCAGCAACAGCAACACAAUACUAUAAUAAUAGAUACCAACAGCCUGUCAACGCAAUCAGACCGACUGCUGAGUGAUAUGGCAAGGAAAUGAUGCAUGAAAUGAGUUGGAGGAGCACAGGGGUUCCCAGUGGUUUCAUAUUUUUAUGUCAAGCUGUAUUUUACAAGUGUGGAAACUUUUAAAUAGAUUAGCACAUUGAUUUACAAGUAUUUACUUUUCACCUCAUGUCUUAAUGCCCUCUCUAUGUUUCAGACCAAUCACCAAGCUGUAACCCGUCCAUCUAAGCUCAGCCUGACCUGUUUAGAUCUGCACUGGCAUCAACAGCUUCUGACCCAGUCACAGUGCCCAGGAUCAGUUUCUAAGUGAACCAUGUUUCAAAUGGAAAACACAUUUCCUUGCUAACUGCGGCUAACCUCCAGUGAGUCGUUAGUGAGGAAUGUUUGAUGUGUGGAGGGAGCCAUAUGUGCAGGAGUGACAUAUGGUGGUGAAAGAGGAUAAGCACUGGUGAGUUUGGUUGACCAUCCGAAGAGAAGACAGAAAAGUUGUCCUCUCUAAUUGAUCAAAAAAAGAGUUGAUUAAAACACUAUUUCUUGAUUUUUGGGUGAUUUUUCAACACAUAAUGACACAGAUGUUUGAAAAUGCUGUGUUCACUGACAGUAAGCUGUGUUCACAGGCCCACAAGAAAAAAAAGCCCCAAUGUUUUGGACUGAAACUACUCUCAUCGAAAAAUAAGCAGGUGAUGAUUUUCCCGUUAUUUAGUUCCCUGUUUCAUGGUUAACUUGGCUUCUUUACAACAUGUUAUGGUCAGUUUAAUGACUCAGUCUCAGGUGGUCUCAUAAUAACAGGUUUAUUUUCUCUAAAAAUCACUUUUAGGGAUAAGUUAGGCAUAGCAAAACAGAAUAAUGUUUGGGUUGUGAAACUUUAUGAUUAAAAGAUCUUUCCACAGAUUUUUCAUAGAAUAACUACAUGGCUCAUUAAGUUAUCUGGAAGGAACUGAAAUUAAAUCAUCAGAGCUGGCCCUAAGCAAAAUAUGAUGUUGGGGCCCUCUAUUUCUGCCAACAAUAUUGAUUGUUGAUCAUUCACACACCUUCACAAAUCUCUUUGAUUAACAUUCCAUGACAUGCGAACAUAACUUUAUCUUGGCGAUUUUUCUCUUCUUCCUCUUUCUUUUCUCUGUUCCUGAAGGAUAUGUCCUUUUUUGCAACAUUGUUUUGCCCUACAACUACCUGCACUUUGGAUGCUCAGUGAACAUUGCAGAGGAGAAAGCACGUAAUGGUAGCGGAGCUUUAACAUAUUGGCAGUAAGAAUCAUAGGCCUACAUCAGCAGCAGCACGAAAAAAGUUUUUAUCUUAUCUUAUUUUUACAAUAAUAUAUAUUUGGUCAUACAGAAAGCAUCACUCAUAAAUGCAAAAAAUAAAAAAUAUUUGAAAAUUAUGGUUUUUUAAUUCCUCUUGGGGGCCCCCUACUGGUCGCGGGGCCCUAAGCAGGCGCUUAGAUCGCUUAUGCCUUGGGCCAGCUCUGUGUCUUAUCAUGCAAAGCCGGGGUUUUCUCAGUGGUUUAACAGAAAGCCAUGAAAUACUCAGAUAUGUAUAUUUUUUUUACAGUUUGUAAAAACUGUUCAUUUUUUGUAAACUCCUUAAAUGUAAUACUCUGUUUCAGCAAAUUAUUUUGAUUGUUAAACAAAAGAGAAUGAUCAGCAUCCUUCCAAGCUUUAAAGGCUUGUUUCCAAUAGCAGCUCUAAUAGCACUUUUAAAAGUAUCUUCUGUCCAAAACCACUGCAGUUCAGUUCAAAAGUUUCUGUGCGACACGUUUUUUGUUUUUUCAGGCCAUCACCAGGGACUCUCCCUCAUUAGUAAAUGUCAUUUUUCGUUCCUACAAGGUAAAAUCAAGAAAAAACUGAACUUCUAAUACUAACUGUGUCAACAUUGACAAGAUCUCCCCCACCCCUUCCUUUUCUUUAAACCCCCUUCAAAGCAGAUGUUUAACAUACAGGGCAUUCCCAAACAGUCUUAAUAAUCAUGUUAAGCAGAAGUGCCAGGAGUCAUCUUUUGCAACUUGGCAUUAGUAAGCACUGGUGAGAAGAACUGUGCAAUAGAGGUUAUGGUUGCUUAUAGUACAAAAAUGUUGGUAGUGGACGCAGGCCCUAAAUGAAUCAUAUAAUGCCUAAUUUUGCAGAUACAGUUUUUCUUAUUCAAAUAUUUCCAAGCCAAGCAUGCUUAAAGUUGAAGAAAACAUAAAUCAUAAAAAGAAUACAUUUCUGUUUUAAUUGUUUUAAAAAUGUGUUGAAUUGUUCUGAAGAUGAAACUGAUCCAAGCAUGAAAACACUGUAAAUAUUUGACCCCAACGUUCUCGCCCUUAGGCUUCCUUUGCCUCAUUCCAUACAAGUCGGUACAGUGCUCUCCAAAAAAGGCAAUCACUGUGAAGAGGUGAAAGGUUGGGAGCAUCUUCAUCUUUACAACAGAGUGAGGCGCAUCCCUCUGAGGCCCUUUGUAGACACUCAUGAUGAUGUAUGACUGACUAUAGCGAGUCAGUGGAUCAUUCCAGAUGAAGGCACACGUGUUCUCUUUAGUUACGCAGGACAUGGACAGGAGAUCAAACACGACGUACAACCUUUGAAAGUAGCAAAAUGGUGUUGCAAAGUCGGACACUGAGGUGACUAAUCUCCUGGGGAGCCAAAGGUCAGUUUCUGACAAGGUAAUGGCGGCAAAGUUGGUGUCUAGUCUUAUCUUGACACAAACAAGCAUGAAUUUGGGGCUCAGGUUCAAUUUGUACGGUGAUUUGUAAUGAAUGCUUGAACUCCAGUGGGCUGAAGAUGACUCCUCCUAAAUACAACAUAAAAUUCUAAAUAGCCAAUUUCUGAAUACAAUAAGCACCAGCCUUGUACAGCCCUUACCCCAACGUCAAGCUCUCCAUAGUGUGCACUAGCCCUGAUGUGCACGCUCUCUAAUACAGACACUCACAGAAACAGCAAUGCAUACUCAAAAGAAAACUCUCUGCUUUCCUUUGGCGUCAAGAUCCUGUCCGACGCAUUCAGCAUGUCCUCAGAUGUAAAAAAUAGUGAAGUUAUGUUGCCACGUGUGAGCGGAUCUAACAAGUAAUGCUUUGACAUAACCCAUACAGUGUACUGAGAGUGUUUUGCAAGUAGAGGGGCAUGCUGUGCUUCUGCUAUGUGCUGUUUAGUAAGAGUCCUCUAUGUUUAACAUAUAUGCCAAGGUUUAUAGAUGAACCCACAAGGCUCACUGUUCAUUUCAGUCUCAAAAACUCCUCACAGGAGCUUCAAAGCCGUAUCUUUCUCCAAUGAUCCAAAGUGAGAUGACACAAGUUAAAUCAUAAUAAUAUUGAUGUUGAAUAAAUUUCAUCUAAAUCUUCUCUAGUUUAGAUAACAGUCACAUUAACCAGAUAUUGAUCAUUUGAAGUUUAGUUGGACUGUGAUUUUAGUGUUGGAGGUAUCAAAGGUUGAGCCAGACACAAAUGUUUAUCUGUACUGAAAAUCUAUCCUGCAUUAUAUCCCGUAUGACACACUGAGAUCCCACUCUGCGCUCUUCUUUGUUUACACUUGGCUACUCAGAGGAGACCACGUAACCCUCUGCUUUUACAAGCUGUCCAUCUAUAAAAAUGAAGUGAUGUGGUUUCCCACUCUGUUCUAUUAUUCUGCUCCUCUUCCUCCUCUUCUCCCACCUGUCUCUGUUUGCUGGAACAGAGAGAGAGGCUCUGCCAGCAACGCACACAAUUAAGUGGAGAGUGAUGAAAUUAUAUCUCCGGCCCGGACAAAUGGAGGGAUGAAGGGGGAUAGAAAGGCAAAGUGGGAAGGCGGGAGAGUCCAUUCUUUUUCCCUCUGGGGCUGGGGCAAAUUCUAUUAGGGCCUGUAAUACAGCCAUUUUUCACCUCCUCUACAUCAGACUGUUAUACAAUUCUUCCUUGUAUCCUUCUCUCCUUCUUUUUUUCCUCCUAGAAAGAGUUGCACCCAAAGUAUUUUCCAUUUUCUGCACCUUAUCUGUCUCUUGCUAUUUUUAUUCCACCUCCACAUUAAAUAUAUACAAAUAUUGCACACCUUACUGUGACCAUAAAAAAUGUGUAAAAAGACGAAAAAACAGCAGUUACUUUCACAUCUUGUUAGGGAUUAAUGGGUUAUAAAAUGUCUGCGGCCCUAAAGGAGGUGAUUAAAACUUAAUGACAGGAAUGUGCUUUGGAAAGUCAAAGCCACAAUCAUUACAAUUUCAGCAGGGAUGUAGCUUUAAUGUGUUUAGUGGGAAGUGACAAAGUAAGGCACAUUGACAGCAUCUUUUCGUAGCUCUUAAUUGGAGAGACAUUCCAGUUUGUGGCCUUGUGGUAACAGGAAAGGAUUUAUUUGUUUGUCAUGAGUUGACUCCAGGGGAAAUGCCAUUAAGACAUUGAAUGUGUUUUAUUUGCAUUUGAUUUGAAAGCACACAUGUUCCCUGUUUCUAUUUGUGUCCUCUGUCUGUUUGCCAGGUGCCUGUCACAGACAUCAACAUUGCCAUUAGACAGUAUCUUUUCACUGUCCCUAUGGUGUCUCAGUUACUUAUCGUUUUCAGAUCUUAAUUCAUAGAAAACUACACCCAGUUUCAUCUUUUCAUCAGUGCAGCAAGAGAUUUCAACUUAAGGAAGAAUACAUGGUGUGAAAUGUCAUCUAACACCCUCAUGAAUACAUACGAUCUCUCUUUGAGGCUUUUGUCGGACCAUGCUGAUAAGUGAGUCCCUGAACUGACAGAGCCUUGAUGUCAUAACAGUAAAAAGAUCUACAACAUGGCAACAAUUGUACAAAGACAGCCAAGAUAUGCUCAAAGCCUGAUCUUA